GAGUCCGUAAAGCCUUUCCCUGCCAGCGUCCUAGCUUUUAUGGCUCCUAAAGUCAGCAGGGUCGUUUGUCAUCGCCGAGGCCGCGUCUGCGAAAGGAGGGACUCGCUCCGCGCCUGCUGGGUUCCUCUACGUUAUCCGUCGGUGUGGCCCUGAUGCUGCGGCAGUCUCCGGAUUCCUAGAACGCUGGAGCGAAUUUAAGAAGAUUUUGUUCACGUGUAUGGCAUAGAAGAUGAAUUCGUCCUCCUCCACCAUGAAUGAAGAACCUGAUGCUCUCUCGGUAGUUAACCAGCUCCGGGAUCUAGCAGCAGAUCCAUUAAACCGUAGAGCCAUUGUCCAGGAUCAGGGAUGUCUGCCCGGCCUUAUUUUAUUUAUGGACCAUCCCAACCCCCCUGUCGUCCACUCGGCUCUGCUUGCUCUUCGAUACUUGGCAGAGUGCCGUGCUAACAGAGAAAAGAUGAAAGGAGAGCUGGGUAUGAUGCUAAGCUUGCAAAGUGUUAUACAGAAGACUACAACUCCAGGAGAAACAAAACUGCUGGCCUCUGAAAUCUAUGAAAUUCUUCAGUCUUCCAAUAUGGCAGAUGGUGAUAGUUUCAAUGAAAUGAAUUCACGUCGAAGGAAAGCUCAGUUUUUUCUGGGAACCACAAACAAACGUGCCAAAACAGUGGUUUUGCAUAUAGAUGGUCUUGAUGAUACGACUCGGAGAAACCUGUGUGAAGAAGCUUUGUUAAAAAUUAAAGGCGUUAUUAGCUUUACUUUUCAAAUGGCUGUUCAAAGAUGUGUGGUGCGAAUCCGUUCAGAUCUGAAAGCAGAGGCUUUGGCAUCAGCAAUAGCAUCAACCAAGGUUAUGAAGGCUCAGCAAGUUGUGAAAAGCGAAAGUGGAGAAGAGAUGCUGGUCCCGUUCCAAGACACGCCUGUGGAAGUAGAACAGAACACAGAGCUGCCCGACUACCUGCCUGAGGACGAGAGUCCCACAAAGGAGCAGGACAAAGCAGUGUCCCGGGUGGGCUCACACCCAGAGGGUGGAGCUAGCUGGCUGAGCACAGCUGCAAACUUUUUAUCCAGAUCGUUUUACUGGUGACUUCAGUUUGGGGCUCAAGGACUGUGUAAACGAACAAGGGGCCAGUUUUCCAUUGUUGUGGUGAACUGUCAAGUGCAAUUUGCAAUAAGUUAUCAUGAAAAGUUUCUAGAUUACAUGAUUAAGAAUGCUGCAUUUUACUGGACAUUUUACCCCACUAAGUGGUAAAAAGGACAGGCUACAGGUGGAAUUGCUUUGUUUAUGAAGGUGUUUUGGUUUUGUUUUCCUUUGUUUAUAAAUUGCCUCACUUUUUAAAAAACAUGGGUCCACCGUUAAACCAAACAUGUAUUUGUGCAGCUUUACAUUUUAUUUUACACAAAGCACGUGAUUAGGAAAACUUUUCUCAAGCCUCAGGACCUAUCUGAAGAGAAGAUUUUUUUGUUUUUUUGUUUUUUAGCUCAAGUUGUGCAUGAAUUACUGAACACUUUGCCUUUUCUCAUGAGAGAUGCUUGCUUUGGUACUCUUUCUUUCUCAUGAAAAGAUACUUGCUUUGAAAGCAUUUCUCAUAAUUCCCCUUUUGUGCCUUUUUUAUUUUGCCAACCAUGUUUAUAGAAAGGACGUCACUAGUGACAUUUUGUGAAUUAAAACAUAUUCACUGCAACGUAACAGACCCCUAAAAAUACAACUCUACAAAAACUUGGCAGUCUUAGUUGUUAUAAUUUUUAAAAGAUUAACACAAAAUCAGUCGAGAAGGGAACAUGUAUAUCAGCAAAGUGUUAUUGGAGACCAUUUGAAUGUGACCAAAUGUGGUUCUAGUUGACUGCUGUUCAGUUUGGUUUAUAUCAGCUCUUGAGAAUUAUGUCCACCAUAAUAUUGGGAGUGACUGUAAAUGGUCUCUAGGCCUUACUUUGUGAUUACACACUAUCCCCUGCUAAGAAGAAGAAGAAAAAAAGUAGUAAAGAACUGACAAACUUGAAAAAAGAAAACAAAAAUGGAACGCCUAUAAUGCCAUAGUGCUAUUUGAUAGAGUCUGACCUUAAAACGUGAAUUACUUGGCAGAUGCCUAUUCAGUAGGUGUUUCCUUGUAUUGCUUUUUGUAAAUUUAUUACGAACAUGCAGUCAUAUUGAAUGAAAAGGAAAAAAGACUCAAAUUAUUGCUUAUAAAGAAAGAAAGCCAGCAUUUGUCCGUCCACUUAAACUUUCUGCCAGAAAAAAACAGGACUUCAGCAAAGGUAAGAUAAAUAAAUAUAAAUAUAUAUACAUAUAUAUUUUUGGUAUAGAUUUAAGAGCUAAUUACAUAUAUGUAAUGCUUUAUUAAAUUUCUGAAAUAUUUGGCAACAAAAAAUUUUCUUUUGGAAAUCCAACUAACUCCAGAUAAAGUUUAAUGCUAAUAUGAUUAAAAACUAAUAGGAGGAAAUCGAAAACUUUUUUCGUCAACAUGUAGAGCUGCUAUUUAACUCCUUGGAGAAUGUGAAGUGAAAAUUGGACCCUGGAGGGUUUCCUUGCAUUUUCAUUGCUUCUCUUUUAGAGAAAACUAAAAGCAUCCAGUGCCACUGGAGAAGAAUUAUUGUAAAAUAGUUUGCCAGCCAGAAUCUUGAGUUCAAGAACAUUGUGACCUUAUAGAGGGAGGGGUGUUGAGGGUAUGGAGAGUAAUAUUUUUUCACCUGGCCUCUGACUCAGGUGAGGCGCACAACUGAAAAUAUAAGCUUUCAGGGCAUGUAUUGCUUUAAAUGCAUAGUACAACUUGCUGCCAGACCAGAUGUGUUGAAAACAAAACAAAACAAAACAAACCCACCUCCUUUCUAUAGCCAUUGAAACAAAGUUUACUGUUCUAACAGGUUUGUAUUUUAUUUUGCAUUGCCACACAUCUGCUUAUUUAAAAAACGACAUCCUUUUGAUAGUAAUUGUUCAGCACAAGUAGGUAUUACAGCUUGAUGUUUGUGUGUUCUAAUUCUCAGUGUUCUUUGAUUCCAGGUCUUAUAUAUAGAGCAGUUAAGGCAACUGUAACAGCAUUUUUUGAAAUAUAUUGUAAAAUAAUAAAAGGUAACAUAAUUAAAAUUGAAUGGAUAUUGCA